AUUCUGCCAGCUGCCCCUGUGGGCCAGGCAUGAAAUCAGAGUUUGCUGAAAUCAGCUCCAGAUUCCUGGGUCCCACCUAAAAGCUGCUGAAUUAGACUCUCCAGAGGAUGUGCCUGGGAAAUACUUACUUAACGAGCACCACAGGUGAUUCUUAUAAUCAGGAAAACCUGGAAAAUACCUGGAGGGAGCGAGGCGAGAAAAUCUGUGGUGGCCAGUUGUUAACCUCUUUAUGGGAAUUGAGUAGAUUACGUCCCAGCAGAAUGGAGAAGAAGGAGCAAAAUACAGACCUGUGGUGUGCUAGGGACAGCCACUGAACAAAUGGCUCUGGGCCCAGGAGCAUCAAUGUCUAGGAUUCUGCUCCGGAAAAGCAGGAAGCUACCAUGUGUUCAGCAGCUGACUUUGAACACAGGAAGAAAUAGCUGCUCCGUAAAACAGUGUCUCCUAUCAGGAGGAAAAUGAAAAACCUGUCGACCUAAAGGAAGGAGAAGAGAAUAUAGUUUUAAAGAGUUUACUUGAGCCAAAGUGUGGACAGCUGCCUGGGAAACACUUCCAAGUUGCCUUGAUGGGUAUGUGGCUUUGCCUAUGCUGAGGUUGUUUCAAGAACCAAGAGAAGUCAGUAUGAUGGCUGAUAUUAUACUCAAGAAACUAAAUGGACAUAGAAAAAUUAAAUGUGCCUCAAAACACUGAAGGUGAAUACAGCAGUCUUCAGUAGUCAACGUCAUGGCCAUUCCAGAGAGAAAAGGUCCAAUUUCAGUGCCUCGAACCUUGUUGCCUUCCAUGAAAGGAAGCAGUUGGAAUGAGCUUUGCCCCUGGUGACGCUCUUCCUUGUCACUAAUUAACCAGCUCUACAGGAAGGUUGCUCCGCCAACACCCUGCUUUGCCUGGAGAGACAUCUGGCCAAGUUCUGGUGAGCAGGAAAAAUGUCUACUCGUUACCACCAAGCUGCCAGUGAUAGUUACCUGGAACUUCUAAAAGAGGCUACCAAGCGAGAUCUAAAUCUUUCGGAUGAAGAUGGCAUGACUCCCACUCUCUUGGCAGCCUACCAUGGGAACUUGGAAGCCCUAGAGAUAAUCUGCAGUAGAGGAGGGGACCCUGAUAGGUGUGACAUCUGGGGAAACACUCCUCUACAUUUUGCAGCCUCCAAUGGCCAUGCCCACUGCGUCUCAUUCCUAGUCAACUUUGGUGCCAACAUCUUUGCCCUGGAUAAUGACUUACAGACUCCACUGGAUGCUGCUGCCAGCAGGGAGCAGAAAGAAUGUGUUGCUCUCCUGGACAAGGCUGCCACUGCACAGAACAUCAUGAACCCCAAGAAGGUCACCAGGCUGAAGGAGCAGGCUCAGAAGAAUGCCAGGAGGCAGAUCAAAGAGUGUGAGAGGCUCCAGGAGAAGCACCAAAAUAAGAUGGCCCGCACCUACAGCAAGGAGGAAUCUGGGACUCUCUCUUCUUCCAAGGGUACCUUCUCCAGAUCAUCCCCUUCAAAUGCUUCUGCUCCUGGCACAUUCGGGUCACUAUCUAAGGGCAUUAAAGACACUUUCAAGAUCAAGUUCAAGAAGAACAAAGAUACAGCAGAACAGGUGGGGAAAGAAGGCAGAAGUGGGCAGAGGAACGUGAUGGAAGUGUUCAGAGAGGAAGAGGAAGACUCGUUCUCAGGGGACUUCAAAGAGAAGCUCCAGUUGUCAGCAGAGGAGGACAGCAGUGUGCACCAUGAAUCCAUUCUCAAUCGUCCAGGUCUAGGAAGUAUUGUUUUUAGAAGGAACAGGAUAUCGAGUCCUGAAGACAUCUCAGAUAGCAAGAGGGAGUUGGGUUUUAAACUGCCCAGUGAAUUGCUUCAAAGACAAGGAGCGUUAGAGGCUGAUGAGGGUGCAGCUGAUGAAGAGGGAGAGGAAAACGGCCUAAAAGAUGAUCUGCCGUGGGAUGAGGAUGAAGUGGAGUGGGAGGAAGAUGUGGUCGAUGCCACGCCCCUGGAAGUGUUCUUGCUGUCUCAGCACCUGGAAGAAUUCCUGCCUAUCUUCAAGAGAGAGCAGAUUGAUCUAGAAGCUCUGCUGCUCUGCUCUGAUGAGGACCUUCAGAGCAUACAAAUGCAGCUGGGUCCCAGGAAGAAAAUUCUGAAUGCUAUCAACAGGAGGAAGCAGGUGCUUCAACAGCCUGGGCAGCUGGUCGACACUAGCCUGUGAUGGAGAGUUUUGGCCUGGAGCAUUGGGGUGAUGCUGUGGCCCACUGGCAGCACUCCAGGCAGCACCCCCUCUUUACCCAAUGCCAGGCCACUGGGAAUGGAUUCUAGGCCAUCGGAGAUGCCUACCUGAGAGAGAUACCCAAACUUUACUCUGGGAGGUAGGCUAUGCCCAUCCAAAUAAAUCUCCAUGAGAAACUUGAGGAGACUUCAUAACAAGAAUAUGGCAUUUCUCUUGUUAUCUUAUAUGUACAUAUAAUUGUUCUUUUGCUGUUGUUGUUGUUUUGUUUUUUAUUUUUUUUGUUGUUGUUUGUUUGUUUUUUUGGAGAUGAGGGUCUCAGUCUCUUACCCAGGCUAGAGUGCAGUGGUAUGAUCAUAGUUCACUGUAUUCUCAACCUCCUGGGCUCAAGUGAUCUCCUCCCACCUCAGCCUCCCAAGUAGCUGAGACUACAGGUGCGCACCCCACACUUGGCUUAUUUUGUAUGUUUUUAGUAGAGGUGGGGUCUUGCCACGUUGCCCAGGCUGGUCUCAAACUCCUGGCCUCAAGCAAUCCUCCCACCUCAGCCUCCUAAAGCACUGGGAUAAAAGGCGUGAACCACCAUACCUAGCCUAUCUUUUUGGUACUUUUGAAUAAAGAAAGGGUCAUAUCCAUGACAGGAAGGUGAAAGAAACUUCCUUUACUUUUCUAUCUCUGGAUUUAAAAUUAUAAUCUCAUCACAUUAUCCUGCUGCUUGCUUUCUGAUCUGUAUAACCUGGGAACUCUAACUCUUUUUCUCUCCUGAGCUCUAUGACUUUGCCUAGCGGUAGAGACUAAACUUCUUUCCUGGCCUGUGGCCUGAUGCCCAACUUAAAUGCAUCUAACCCUUUAACAAAAGUGUACAUGUUUACAAGUAAUGGAAAUGCAUCUAUAAUACUCCUGCCUGAGAAUAGAGACAGAGUGGUGGUGGGGAGAGUGAAGAAAGAGAUAGAAUACAGGUGGUACCUGUUGUGGAUUGAAUUGUGUAAAAUUCAUAUGUUGGAGCUCUAACCCCUAAUGUGACUGUAAUUGGAAAUAAGACCUUUAAAGAAGUGAUUAUGGUUAAAUGAAGUCAUAAGAAUGGAACCCUAAUCCUGUAGGACUGGUAUCCUUUUAUUCCCUUUUUUUUUUUUUUUUUUUUUUGAGACGGAGCCUUGCUCUGUCACCCAUGCUGGAGUACAGUGGCAUGAUCUCAGCUCACUGCAACCCCUGCCUCCCAGGCUCAAGCAAUUUUCAUGCCCUAGCCUUCUGAGUAGCUGGGAUUACAGGCAUGCACCACAACACCUGGCUAAUUUUUUGUAUUUUUAGUAGAGACGGGGUUUCACCAUGUUGGCCAGGCUGGUCUCAAACUCCUGACCUCAGGUGAUCCACCUGCCUCGGCCUCCCAGAGUGCUGGGAUUACAGGCAUGAGCCACUGCACCCGGCCUAGGACUGGUGUCCUAGGAAGAGGAAGAGACACUUAGGUGCAAGGCACACAGAGAGGCCACAUGAGGACAUAGUGAGAAGGUGGCCAUCUGCAAGCCGAGGAGAGGGGCCUCAGGAGAAACCAACCCUGCAAACACCUUGAUCUUGGGCUUUCAGCCCCCAAAGGUGUGAAAAAAUAAACUUCUGUUGAUAAACUUCUGUUGUUGAAGCCACCCAGUCUGUGGCAUUUUGUUAUGGCAGUCCUAGCAGAAUAAUACAGUCGUAAGUAAGAGGGUUGGGGAGGAGACCAAGAAAAAUACAGAAAAAAAGUCUGUCCAACUGCAACUGAUGAGUUUUUUAAGGGUAAACACCUAGUGAAACUUAAGGGGGAAAAAAAACUAAGUUCUUUGGAGGGAAGAUAUGAUUGUCAAAGGAAAUUUCACAUUUUCAUGCUUAUUAUAUACACAUGGUUUAUUUACUGUUGUCUGUCACCAUUGCUGCAUAUCUGAAUACGUGUAGGUUCCACGAUAGGAACUGACAACACUUGGCUCAUGCCUGUAAUCCCAGCACUUUGGGAGGCCCAGGCAGGCAGAUCACCUGAGGUCAGGAGAUCAAGACCAGCCUGGCCAACAUGGCAGAAACCCGUCUCUACUAAAAAUACAAAAAUUAGCCGGGUGUGGUGGCAUGUGCCUGUAAUCCCAGCUACUCGGGAGGCUGAGGCAAGAGAAUUGCUUGAACCCAAGAGGCGGAGGUUGCAUGAGUUGAGAUUGCGCCACUGCACUCUAGCCCAGGCGAUAACAGUGAGACUCCAUCUCAAAAAAAAAAAAGAAAAGAAAAGAAAAGAAAAAAGAAACUGACAACACUGCUGCUGACAUUUUUUCAGUGGCAAUCCCAAAUUCAAACUGAAACCCCACUGAAUAGCUAAGCUUCAUUAGAUCGCUACAGGCUGAUUUACAUCAAGUGGAAUUUACUGUUGAUUCUGGGUAUAAUAUAGAAACAGCUGUUUAUCUUCAGCUUAUUUUCUGAUGCACAUCUGUUUGGGUUACUUCAAGAGGCAUCAUGGAGGAUUCAAGUUUAGGGAGGAUACAGAUGCUCAAAUCUGAUGAACAAUUGGCUUAUUCUUCCUCAGUGAAUAUAUUCAGAAAGCUUGUUAGCCAUUGAAUAAAUAUGUCGCAUUAGGGGAUGAUUGUUUACAAAUACCUUAUCUUGUGGAAUAAACUGAAGUUGCGCUUGCCUUCAUUAAUGUGCACAGAAGCAGUUGGCAAAUAGAAAGCGCUCAAAAAAGUUUGUAGUCUGAGCCUGCCACUAUUAUAUUUCAUCAUCAUAGAUGCCAGAAUCCCCUCUUCACCUAUUGCCCAGAAUCUGCCUAAUGAGAUAUUUGCUCCACCACCUGCUGUAACUACAUCAUAGCAAGAGAGCCAUCACUCAGGUUGGUAGAAAUGAACUUGAACAUUGACUCUCAUCCCUUUUUAGGAGAUAUUUGCCACUAGGGGUCUCAUCAGGUACCUUUAUGCUCUUCCUAGGGGUUCUUUUCUUUUAUGAUUGACAAAAUUAACAGGUGAGCGUUCUCCAAAGUUCUCAGCAUCAAGGAUAUAGUCUCUCCAUCACAGAGUAUUGUUAUAUAAUAAAAAAAGGUUUAUACCAUGUU